CAAUGUUGGCGAAAAUUUAAAUCAUCAGCUGCCAAGUUUGCGUUGGAUGUUUUAAUCAAGCACGAAAAGGUUGAAGUUUGUCGCGAGUUGAAAGACAUCGUUACUUAAACAAAUCUAUUCUAUUCUACAUAAUAAGGCUUGCACUGUCAACUAUUUUCUAAGAUAAACUCCAAGUUUUCUACUGACAAGAGAGGAUGCUAUAAUCUACUACAAUAGAGCUAGAAUGUAUCGAACAAUGCAAAUCAUUGCUGUGGAAGGGAUCAAAAGAAAUCCUGAAAACCCUGUAUUUAAAUUAUAUUAUUGUGUCUCACUCAUUCAUGAAGGUCGCAAUGGGGAAGCAGAGGAGGGUUUAAGUGAGAUUAGAGACUUUUCUGAUGUAUCUUUAUCAGCAGCAAUUCUACUUGAACAUUUAGAACAGCCACAAGAAACUUAUGACAACAUUUUGAAAGGAAGAGUUAAGGAUUUAUUAGAGAUUGCUGGAGAAAUGGCUAUAUUCCUUGCUGGAAUUACAUUCAUGUUGUUACAUAAACCUGAAAAAGCAAGAAACUUUAUUUUAAAAGUUCUAAAAGUGCCUGCAUUGCUUAAAAAGGUUAGUGCCUCAAUUUUUCUGGGAUGGAUUGAAAUGCUGACUCAUGAUGGAUCUCCUUCAAAAGAUGUAUGGAAAUAUUUUGAAAGUGCUGAUAAUUCUUCCCCAGAAGCUGUGUUUGGAAGAGCCAAAUAUUAUGACAGACAAGGCAAUUUUAUAAAAUCAUUAGAGUAUAUUAACCAAGCUAUUGUGUUGUUCCCAAAAUAUCCUCCUGCUUUUGUAGAAAAAAUGAAAAUUCAUCUAGCAUUAGAAGAUUGGGAUCAGACCAUUGCAGCAGCUCAAAGAGCAUUGCUUUUGGAUAUCAAUAAUAUUGAAGCUCUUAGAUUCACUCUUAUGCACAUGCUCACCCAAGGAAGCAAAAUUGAGGAGGUGGAAGAUAAACUUAAGAAUCUAUAUUUGACUAUGAUGAAAUGUGAACCUAAAAAUGCCGAAUUAUUUUUUGAAACUGCACAGUUAAUCUCCCGGUUGUCUGGAGUUCACAAACCCAUAGUAGAAGCUACAUUUUCGAUGUCAAAGAAAGCUGUUGAAUUGAAGCCUGAUGACCCAGAAAUUAAUACUGAAUUUGGCUUUCAAUAUAUGCUUUUAGGAAAAGCAAAUAAAGCAGCAGCAAUUUUUAAAGCCCAUGCAUGUGAGAGAAGUGUGACUGGUUCUCUUCAGUGUCUUAUCUUACAAGAAGAAUAUGAACGAGCAAGUGAGCAGAUUCAAGUCUAUAGAGAAUGUGAAACAGAAUUUUCACACGAAAUGUUAUUUAUUGCUGCCUUGUUAGCUGAUAAAAUGAAUGCGUCAUCUGAAGUUAUUGUCAAUUAUUUAAGUGAUGGUUUCAAGCUACAUUCAAAAACCUUAAAGGGGAUUCCUUGGAAUAUUAAAUAUUAUUGCCUAUUACAACCCUUUUUAGUUCAUGACAUGAGUAAACUUCUGAUCUCUCAUACUCCUAAUCAGGUUACUAAGUCCAAAACUAUAUUUGCUGAUGCUUUAAAGCUCUGCAAAUCUGCAGUAAAUAUGGUUCAUUUGUCUUGUCCUGGUUUAUUUGGAUUUUCAACAUCUGUGCUUCUGGCAAAUUUAAAAAUGUUGGAAGGCGAUUUAGCUGCUGCUAAAGCGUUGUUAUAUCAAACAGUGGAUAAAGAAGAUAGUAACCCUGAAAGUCGAAUAGUUUUGGCUCAACUUCAUCUCAAUGAAGGAAAUUUUUAUGCUGCUAGCCAUUGUCUAGAAGUUGCUUUGAGUUUUAAUUUUGAAGUCCGUGAAAAUUUAGAUUAUUUACUCAUAAAAGCUGAAAUUCAAAGGCAGCAAGGAUUAUUAACGGAUGCUGCUGAAACAUUAAAUUUUGCUAAAUCAAUAUGCUUUCCAGACUCUGCAAAAGAGGAAAGUUCUGUUAGAAAAGCUCCACUUUCUAAGAAAAUUCAUUUAUAUGUCCAGCUUAUUAAAGUUCAUUGUGAUUUAAAUAUGCAGGAUGAAGCAAAUGCUGCAAUUCGUGAGGCCAAUUCACUGUUUCGAGAUACACCUGAAUUUGAUAGACUUCGCUUUGCUGUUGCAUAUUUUGCCUUAAGUCGCAAUGAUAUUAACUGUGCAUUGAAGAUAUUAGAAGAAAUUAAACCUGAUAAAUCAUGCUAUUUUGAAGCUUUGCAGCAAAGAGCUGAGAUACAUCUGAAUUAUAAAAAGGAUAGAAUUAAGUUCAUCAAUUGCUACAGAGAAGCAGCAAAGGAAAGAAAUACCCCAGAAAUCUUAAAUUUAUUAGGAGAUGCAUUUAUGAAAAUUCAAGAGCCUGAGAAAGCUGUUGAAGCAUAUGAACAAGCUUUAAAGCAAAAUCCUAAAGACAGUGAUUUAGCUAGUAAAAUCGGUACUGCAUUGGUGAAAACUCAUAAUUAUGAGAAAGCUGUUACUUAUUACAAGGCUGCAAUAAAAAGUGGAGGACUUGAAAAUUUAAGGUAUGAUUUAUGUUCCUUGUUGUCGAUUAUAAAGCGUUACAAAGAAGCUGAAGAAAUGGUAAAUUCUGCUUUGGAGAGCAAUAGAGGAACUGACAAUUUAAAUUGGUUGUCCAUGGAAUCAAAAUACUUGUGUCUUUUGUCAAAUGUUUAUUCUAAAAUGGAAAUGGAAGACCAAGCUAUGAAUGCUCUUCAAAAAGCUUGGAGUGUUCAAACAAGAGUUUUGCGCAAAGUUCACAUGGAACAAACAGAUGUUGAUGUCCAUCGUAAAAAGGCUAAAGAAAUUUGUUGUCAACUAGCUAUUCAUUCUUCAAAUAAGAAAGAUUAUGGGAGUGCUGUUCAGUUUUAUCGAGAAGCACUUACUUUUGAUGAUAGUGACACUGAAAUACUUCUUUCUUUGGCUCGACUACAAAUUGAGUCCCAUGACAUAGAUGCUGCCCGGCAAUAUUGUGCCACUGUGUUAAGUAAAGAUAGUGAAAACAUACCAGCAGCUGUGAUGCUGGCUGAUAUGAUGUUCGAAGCAGGAGAUUUACAAUCUGCAAAAUUUCAGUUUCAGAAACUAUUAAAUAUAAAACCAGAUUUUUUUGAGGCUAUUGCUAGAUAUAUUGAAGUAGUACGCAGGCUCGGUAAGCUUGAACAUGCUGAAAUUUGCAUUAAGAAGGCUGAAGCAGUUUCAGGCAAUUUGUCUAUUGAUCCUGGUUACUAUUAUUGCAAAGGUCUCUAUGAAUGGUAUACAGGAAAUACAUCAGAUGCUCUCAAGUGUUUUAAUAAAACAAGAAGCAUUCCCUUAUGGGGACAGAUUUCUCUGUGUCAUAUGAUUGAAAUUUGUUUAAAUCCAGAAAAUGAAAAUUUCUCUGGAGAAAAUGUUGACGUUGAUGGAGAUUUGAUGCUGAAAGAAAAAAAUUCUAAUUCACAGGAAGGGAAUAUACGUACUGCGGAAAAAUUGUUAUUAGAGUUAAAAUCUAAAUAUGGUGCUAAUUUGAACACAAGAAUUUUUGAUAAUUUGAUUCGACUUGCAAAACAUACAAAAAAUGAUGCAGAAGCUGCUUUAAAUGAUUUUAUUGAAAUUCUAACUGAUGAAAGAUAUAAAGAUCAUGCAGGAGCCAUUCUUGGAUCAGCAAUGGCAUACUUAAGGUUGAAACAAACUCCUCGGGCUCGAAAUCAGUUGAAACGAAUUGCUAAAAGUACCUGGAAUUUUAGUGAUGCAGAGUACUUAGAAAAAGCGUGGCUUCUUCUUGCAGAUGUCUAUAUAAAGGCUGGAAAAUAUCCUUCAGCAUCUGAAAUGCUUGAUAAAGUGUUGCUUUUUAAUAAAUCUUGUACGAAAGCAUAUGAUUUAUAUGGUUACAUCUCAGAAAAGGAACAGAGUUACCGGGAAGCUGUAAAACACUUUGAGAAAGCCUGGCUGCUUACAAGCAAACUAAAUCCUGUUAUUGGUUAUAAGCUGGCAUUUAACAAUAUGAAAGCCAAACGAUACGCUGAUGCCAUUGAUGUUAGUCAAAUGGUGUUAAGUAAAUACCCAAAUUACCCCAAAAUAAGAAAAGAAAUUUUGGAGCGAAGUAGAACUCAUUUGCGAACAUGAUGAUUUUCAUCCUCUUCAACUAAAGUGUGUUUUAUUUUUAUUUGUUAUUCCAAAGAGUCACAUUCACAAUGUAAUUAUUGAUUAUUUUCAUAUGAAAUCCAUUUUUAAUGCAAUUCAGAGUGUAUGUAAAUAUAGAAAUGUAUUUAAAAAUUGUUUUUAAUAAAAAUAUUAGUUUUUAAGCUUGUUUUAUUAAAUAUCUACUAGAAUUAGCUUCUUAUGUGCUUUUAUAAAAUAUACUGUUUAUAAAACAGUCUUCAUAAAAAAGCAUUUACUUUUA